UACGUUGUAGCUGACUGACUGAAGCCAGCCUGAUUUUCUCGUGUUUGUUAAGCGUCCUAUGAUUAUUGAGGUUAGUAUUUUAGAUUCUAUAUCAGUCAAACUAAUCCCUCUAUGUUUAUCACAGAAUGAUUUUGACUCCUUUUAUAUUGGGACAAUCAGUUGUGACCAGUUAGAUGGGAUUAAGUUUGACUCCCAGAUUUCAACUAAAAUAUUAGUCAACCUAGUCGCUAAAACUGGACCACCGUACCUAAAGACUUCUGGACUCAAUCCAUCUUGACCAGCUGCAAUUCCUCAUUUCGAAUUAGCUAUAGCUCUCUGAACUUCAAUCAGAUUCGGGAGGCCUACUUCAAUGUUCUAUCCAGACUGUUUGGGAAUGAUGGGUAGUUGUAGAGUAUCUGGAGUCCAGUUGAACUGCUCCUUAAGGUGUUCCGUCCAUCGUUCUAAACAUCUGGGCUGAAAGCAGAUAAGGGUUUCGUCUUUUCCCGAGAUUGUUUUGCUUACAUUUGACUUCUUAAUUCCAGCUUCUUUUAUUAGUCUGAAGAGCUGUUUGGUGUUACGUACAACCACUUACUUUUCAGUCUUUUUUCGUUGCCCAUCACUGCUCACAGUCGUUCCUUAGACUUUUGGUUAACCUAUAUCUGAUUUGUUUUCGCUCUUCAUCGUGUUCAAAGCCUGAUGGGAUGAGUUCGCGAUAGACUAUAAGUGCAAUAGGCUUAGUGAAAAUCCAUUGGUGUUUUGUAACCAUUUAGUUUAAACUACUAGUAGAUGUCGCUUAUGUUUCCACAGCUGUUUGUAUAUCUUUCCAAGCAACAUCUGGGUCAUCCUCGUUUUCAGAACUACCUAAGUGUGACUUUAGUUUUUUCUGGAAUCUACUUUUGGCUUUCUCGUUACUGAGUUCUAAUGAGCCUUGUCAGUGUGGUUUUUUUGCGUCCAGUGAGACGCAAACAAAUGCGUGCUUGUAUUAAAAAGCGAUCAGAGUCUAAAUACGUAUCCCAGUACGAACGCUAUUCUCGAAACCUCCAAGCUAAAUCUAAACAGCAACUUGAACCCAAAUGAAAAAGCUCAAAAUAGGCGAGAAGCACUUUAAUCCAAAGAUUCAUUUAUGUACAGAUGACAUAGGGUUUUUAUGGUAUUUUAGAAGUCCUUGGGUUUUCCUGGACAUUCUGGAAUGCUACUAAACAUGGCAGCAGUGUAGUAAUCAGUCAAUCAGAAUCUCUACAUGUGACUUUUCAUUUUUGUGAUGUUUCUAAUCAAACACUGAUUGGAUAAAAUGCUUCUUAAUGUUUCCUGGGUUUUUCUUGUCUAUUGCGAGAAAUUUUCAGGAUCGCCCCAACAGGGGCAGCGUUACUCUAAUCGCUGACUGUCUUGAGGAAACAACUUACUGUCAUCGCACCUCCGCGCAGUCAUCGAUUUACUGUUCCUCAACCAACCUGCUUGACGUGGUAGGACCUAAAAGAAUAACCGUUCCACACAAUAUAGCUCGAUCGGGUCACUAUGAUAAGCAAGCCUCACUACAACGUCAAUGUAGUGACUUCGGUGGGGUGUUCAUUGAAGAACAAUACCUAUAUAGAUUUCAUUCAGUUCAUAGUUUUAAGACUUAUGAACAAUAACAGUUGUUUCCGGCUGAUUUGAAGUCCCAAAUUAAAAUGGUCUUAUGUCGUAUAUGUGUUGGUGAUGUACAAUUUCAAGUCACAACCUAUGAGAAGUAAAUCAAAUAGAUUGGAAUAGUGUCCAGUGUGAACACCAUAUAUGAAAUUUCAAUACCUUUACAAUGAUUUGUGCUAAUGACGAAUACUCUCUUCAAAUAUUCUAUUCAUUUUUUCUUGAUAUAUACUGGUUCAAGAUCGAAAGCUUCAUCUGUAGAACUUGUGUCUUUACUUAGUGAGGGAAGAGAACAAAAAGGAUUGAAGUAAUUUUUUUCACAGUAUUGGAGUUAGAGUCGCGAAUUAUUAGCACAGUACACAAACGUAUCACUGUGCUUGCUUAUUUAAAAUUUUUACAAAUUUUGUGAACUCCAUGGAAAGUUAAGAGCAACUAAUUUGACCAAAUUGAAAGCCUCUAGAUCGAAUAAUAACUUAUUAUUUCAACUCUUCAAAAAAGUUGACUAGGUGUUUGAGAAAUCGAUAACGCUGUCGUGACACUCUAAAAUAGCUCAGUUCAUCCAAUUUAUUAAAUUAUUACUGUCGUAUGGUAGUUGCUUUUGCUACUAGUGAAUAGUGAAUCCCUUUAAAAAUUGCAAACUUUUGUGUAAAUUUUUGUUUAAGACUGAUCAUGUCAGUUGAGUUACCUGAAGCUAAAUCUGAUACUCUCCAAGAAGUCUUUUCAGACAAGUUCCAGUAUAUCAAUCUAGAUCAUUAUAAUAUUUAUCAUUUCGAAGAAAUUUUGAUUGAUGGUCGACGAUAUCAAUUCCGAUUAUCUUCAAAAGGUGAUUUAAUGACAGUGGUCACUCAUAUAGCUGGAAGAGCUGUUCUUUUGGUAUCUGUAUGGACAAAUAUGGAUUAUGAGAAACGUUUACGUGAAAUUCAUCAGCAUAUUUUAGAAAUGGAACGUACUGGAACUAUUCCUAUCGAUUUUCGAGGUAUGCUUGGUCGAGGAGGUGGAGGAAAUGAACAAACGGUAUCAUAAUUUUUAGCUUGUCAAACUAUAAAUAUAUAUUCAAUGUAAUUAAACUGUAUCGUGCAUUUUUGUUUUUCUUCUUUUAAUAUAUAUAUAUAUAUUUUAAUCUUGUACAUAUGUAUAUUCCUAGAAAUAUGAUCUGUUGUUAU